ACUCAGCCCAGCGGGGCAUGCGCAAUGCUCAACCUCCAGCCUGCUUAGCUUUUCCCGCCCUUCACUGGCCUCUGGAGGAGAGUCAGAGUUCACGCCCCUCUCUGGGGAUACCUGCUAGAUGCCGGAGAAUGUGGGGACUAGUAGGUCGCGGACGUCCUUCCGGCCCUGAACCUUAAGAGGCAAAGGACAUACCCUGGAACUGUUAACUAGGCCGAGGGCCAGGAGGCGGGAAGAGGUUCUGUGGGCGGGGUCAGAGGUGAGAGGUCAGAGGGUUGCGAAAGGGGCGGAGCGAGCGGGAGGCGGAUGGCGGCUACAGCAGCUUCUCAUCUUCGGCGGCAGAGGCGCUGAGGCUGGGACGCGGUUCGUUCGCGUCCGGCGGUGAAAGGAGAGCGGCGGCCGCUCCCAACAUGCACAGUCUGGCUACGGCUGCGCCUGUGCCUACUGCACUGGCUCAGGUGGACAGAGAAAAGAUCUACCAGUGGAUCAACGAGCUGUCCAGUCCAGAGACAAGGGAAAAUGCUUUGCUGGAGCUAAGUAAGAAGCGAGAAUCUGUUCCUGACCUUGCACCCAUGCUAUGGCAUUCAUUUGGUACUAUUGCAGCACUUUUACAGGAAAUUGUAAAUAUUUAUCCAUCUAUCAACCCGCCCACUUUGACAGCACACCAAUCUAACAGAGUUUGCAAUGCUUUAGCAUUAUUGCAAUGUGUGGCAUCACACCCAGAAACCAGAUCAGCAUUUCUCGCAGCACACAUCCCACUUUUUUUGUACCCCUUUUUGCACACUGUCAGCAAAACACGUCCCUUUGAGUAUCUUCGGCUCACCAGCCUUGGCGUUAUUGGGGCCCUGGUAAAAACAGAUGAGCAAGAAGUAAUCAACUUUCUACUGACAACAGAAAUUAUCCCUUUGUGUUUGCGCAUUAUGGAAUCUGGAAGUGAACUUUCUAAAACAGUUGCCACAUUCAUCCUCCAGAAGAUACUCUUAGAUGACACUGGUUUGGCUUAUAUAUGUCAGACAUAUGAACGUUUCUCCCAUGUUGCCAUGAUCUUGGGUAAGAUGGUCCUACAGCUAUCCAAAGAGCCUUCCGCCCGUCUGCUGAAGCAUGUAGUGAGAUGUUACCUUCGACUCUCAGAUAAUCCCAGGGCACGUGAAGCACUCAGGCAGUGCCUCCCUGACCAGCUGAAAGACACAACCUUCGCCCAGGUGCUAAAAGAUGACACCACCACGAAACGCUGGCUUGCACAACUGGUGAAGAACCUGCAAGAGGGCCAGGUCACCGAUCCCCGGGGUAUCCCUCUGCCCCCUCAGUGAUCCUCCCCUGUCCCCUCCCACUAUUCCCCCAAGUUGGGGAAGGGAGGGGCAGUCUACAAGGAAAACAGCUCAGGUUUAUCGCCGACCGGGAAUAGACAACCUCAAUGCUGAACUGCACUGGAGAAAAGGGGGCGAGGUACCCCUGCUGAGGUGUCUGGGCUGCCAUCUCAGGCUGCCUUGAGGACCUGGGCUUCCUCUGCUCCUCCCAGGAUAUGGGCUCCUGACACAGCAGUCUGCCACCACAGCCCCAGGAGGGUGUCAACACCAGCAAAUGCUGUAUUUGCAGCAUGCCCAAGAUGACCUUUCUCCCCCAUCUCUACCUAGCCACUGACAGAGAGGGGAGACAGUGGUGAUAGCAGCAGCACUCUAGGCAUGGUGAACGCCUGGGACCAAGCCAUGUGGCGUUUUUAUUUUGCCUUCCUGGAAGACUCAAGAUGUGUCUCUUCAUUCUCUCUCUCAGUAUUUGUUUACUUUGUUUUUUUGUUUUUAGUCUCAGAGAGAGGUGUGUUUAGUGGACACAAGCUGUAAUAUUCAGCAAAACCUUGUCAAUUGGCACUGUUUACAAGUUUGUUAGCUGCAUAAGCUCAAUAAAAAGUUGGUCUGGGCAUUACAACCCCUCUGGCAGGCCAAUAGCUGCAACAAGCAGUUGGGAGGAAUGGGAGGCGCAGGGGGAAGAUGUAAAGCCAAAGGACAGCAAGAACCCACCGCCUGUUUCCCUUCCUUCUCCCAUUUUUCUGCUCCCAGUCGUGGAUGCCAUGAGGACCUUAACCUUGUUUCUGGCGUUAGCUGCUAGCUUUUCCAAAUCUCAGUGCUUUUUUUCUUUUCUUUUUUUUUUUUUUUUAAACUUCCCUUCUAUUAAACUUAAUUCAUUGAGCUGUCCUGGAAGGGUAUUAUAUUGGGGGAAGAGGGGCGGAGGUGGCCCUCAUCUUCAGUGCACAUCUUCACUGAUAUUUUCUUGAUGACUUUUUAAAGGGAGGUGCCUAAUAGUAAGGUGACAGGCUACUUGAUCCUGUUCUUUGUUUUAGUGUGAAUUUCAGCAGCUCUAUUUGUCUUCAUGAUUGUACUUGAAACAGUAUUAGCUGAAUGAGCUGAAAUUACUCAAAUUUGAGAUGGAGAGCUGGACUCUGCUUGUUUGCUCAGUUUCAAUUAUUUUUCUUUUUGACACAUUCUCUUUUGGUCAAUGGAAGUUACAGGGUUGUCCCUAAAACAUUUUUGACUCAUACUGUGUUAGAGAACUCCCCUUUCUUCUCUGGAGCUUUAGAUGGCUCUGUUCACAACCCACAGGCUUGAAUCUGUAACUAAAUGUAAACUGCCUUGCUUUCUCAAAAUCCUUCCCCCUUCUAUCACCUGCUUUCUCUCUCUCUCAUCCCCAUCUCUAAGCAAAUAUGGGAUUGCUAAUCCAGCUCGAGAGAGGGACCAAGUAUUUUCUGUCCAAGUUUCGCACAAUUAAAGGUAUCUCUGAAUAAGUAUGGAGAGAGACUGUAGGGGGCAGACUCAGAAACCUUUGCAGAGGCAGUUUUGCCAACACAAGGGCUCUUUCAAGCCGACUUUCACAAAGGGAGCCGGCCUAGUUAGUUGGCUUCUGUCUCUUUAGAGCCAAGAAAGUAGCAAUUAAAUAGCCUAGAUUUAGGAAGGGUAGAAUAAGCACUUAUUCCCUGCCUUCCAAAAUGAAGAGGAGAACAAGGCCAGCUCUCAAUAAUCUCAAACCUGAAGAGGAGAGAUCUUGGAGAAAGCAGAGAACAGCAUGGACUGGAUAGAUGUCUUGACUCCCUUCAGCCCAUAGUCUGUGAUCUGGAGAGUCCAGCUAGGGUCACCCUGAUUUUUUGACAACCGCCUUUCUGCUGAGCCAAAGUUUUCUCAUUCCCCCUCCACUGGGGAAGCAGCUGAGGCCCAGGGCCUUGCUCCCUGGGAAAUUCUCUUCUCUCUCCAUCUUUCGGUGCAUUGGCCAUGUUACUGUGCCAAUAGUGUCUUAAUUCUUGUCCC